AUGUCUACCUCUCUGCGCUCCGAUGCUACCGUCACAGCAAUCUCAGUCGUCGUCCACAACUCUGGCCUAUUUUUUGAUACGGACACACGUAGUGGCAAUCAUGCAGACAUCUUUCUACUUUAUAAUGGGGGUUCACUGCGCAUCAACAUGCGCAAGGAAGCCGCGCAUCAUAACCAUGGAACACUCAGCAUCACGGUUCACGACUACCAGCGCUCGAAUUCCUCUCUCCAGUACUUCGAUCUUCAGCCAUCUGCCGGACUCACUGUUAAACAUGUUACGGACCUCAUCUAUCAGAAUAAGCGCCAUCAGUUCAAUCUAAGCCCCAGCGGCAAGGGAUGCCGCUAUUGGGUCGUCACAGUCCUCAAUGAUUUAAGGGCGGCUGGGUAUAUUAGCAGCCAGAGUAAUCCAAGCGUGGAUACGGUGCAUGGAUAUCUACGGUACAAUUAUUCCCGCGGCCAAAACCCAGAAUUCGAGGAAAUUGAGCCAGGAACGUUCUAUUGA